AUGCCUCCGAGAACCAGCGAUGGUGAAUCUUCCUCUCGGACGACGAUGGGAACGACAACCCCUGAAGCGCUUACCCCAAAUCCUACUCCACAAGCCGAAACUCCCAUUACCCCCGAUCCGCAAACAAUCCCACAAGCUGUUCCUGUUCCAGCAAACAUGUCUUCAAAGGUAGCGACACUGCGCCGCCUUGCUCCCAGAAUAUUUGGGCCUAUCCACGAGUUGAUGUCAGAAUAUGCCACCAUGUUGGAAGCUUUACACCAACUCCCGGUCGAAGGUAGCGACAUCGAUAAUCGGAUUAAACGUCUCAAAAACGACGUACACUCGAAAGCGGUUGAAGUGUUCGGUAUUAUUAAGGACAUCGAAGACAGUGACAUCGAUAAUCGGCUUAAUCGUCUCGAAGACGGCAUACACUCGAAAAGGGUUGAAGUGCUCGAUCUUAUUAAGGACAUCAAAGACAGUGACAUCGAGCAGGUGUCGUUGGAAUUGGCCAGUUUAUUGAUCUAA